AUGGCACCCUCAUUCACAGAGAUGUUAUCUUCCGCGCAGUUCACGUUCCUACUAGGAGCCACCCGCGAGCCCGUCACCGUCCAUGGCGCCAUGAUGUCAGAGGUAUCUGAGCCCUUGGACCGCCUUAUCAACGGGUUCAUGAAGGAAGCGCAGGAGAAGUGCGCCGCUCUGCCCCAUGUCGAUCGCGAGGUCUUCCUGGGCCUCGUCGAAUACGCAUACCGCAGUGACUACAACGUCCUUCCCUGCGAAAUUGACCCCAAUGUCGAAGUCGACUCCCAUGUCGAAGUCGACAUGGAGGCUAGACCGUGCGAGAUCUUCGACAAUUGGGUUCCUACAAUAAGCGAAGAAGAUUAUGCCAAAGCAACCACCCCUGAACACAUGUGGCAUAUGCCACAUUUUUACCCAACGCCCUACGAGCGCUUUGUCGUCAAGGAGCAAUGUCCAUGUUAUUAUGGAGAAGACUGGGACAAAGUCGCCCCGCACAUGAAAGAGCAACAUGUUGGUCGUGUAAAUUACAAACACAAGGACGUCUUCCUCUUCCACGCCAAGAUGUACUGCCUCGCUGACUACUACCUCAUCCCCGCACUGAAGGAACUCGCCAUAUCCAAACUCCACGUCGCACUACAACUAUGCAUGGAAGAAAAGUUCGUAACAACCCACGAGCGGGUCGAAGAUAUCGUCGCCCUGGCUUCCUUUGUCUACAACAGCGACAACACUCAAGACCACGAUACCCCUUCGCAGCGUGAUGCCCUACGAGAAGAGAUACUGGGUUACAUCAUGGCUCAGAUCCAAAACCUGGAGCUGCAACCUGCGUUCCAGAAGGCGCUAGGUGGCGGGGGCCAACUGGCGAUUGAUGUGAUUUCUUGUUUGAGGAAGGGGCUGAGCGAAGGGGCGGAGAGGAUUAAGGCCGCUAUUGCAUAUAGGAAUCUGGUGGAGGAACAACGUCUAGGACGAGGAGGCUACUACGCCCUACAAGCGAAGUUCGAUAGACAGUAA